UGGAGGAGAUGCCCGGCAAACAGUCUGAGGAAGGGCUGGUGGAGGCAGGGGCUUCGGAGGACAGCGAGGAGGAGGGUCUGGGCGGCCUGACGUUAGAGGAGCUCCAGCAGGGCCAGGAGGCUGCCCGGGCGCUGGAGGACAUGAUGGCGCUGAGCGCUCAGACCCUGGUCCGAGCCGAGGUGGACGAGCUCUACGAGGAAGUGCGUCCCCUGGGCCAGGGCCGCUAUGGCCGCGUCCUUCUGGUCACCCAUCGUCAGAAAGGCACACCCCUGGCACUGAAGCAGCUCCCGAAACCCCGCACGUCCCUCCGCGGCUUCCUGUACGAGUUCUGUGUGGGGCUCUCGCUGGGCGUGCACUCAGCCAUCGUGACAGCCUACGGCAUUGGCAUCGAGUCAGCACAAUCCUACAGCUUCCUGAUGGAGCCCGUCCUGCACGGGGACCUCAUGGCCUUCAUCCAGCCCAAGGUGGGCCUCCCACAGCCCGCAGUGCACCGCUGCGCCGCCCAGCUGGCCUCCGCCCUGGAGCACAUCCACGCCCGCGGCCUGGUGUACCGGGACCUGAAGCCGGAGAACGUCCUGGUGUGCGACCCGGACUGCCGGCACUUCAAGCUGACCGACUUCGGCCACACGAGGCCUCGCGGGACCCUGCUGCGCCUGGCCGGGCCGCCCAUCCCCUACACGGCCCCCGAGCUCUGCGCGCCCCCGCCCCUCCCCGAGGGCCUGCCCAUUCAGCCCGCCCUGGACGCCUGGGCGCUGGGCGUCCUGGUCUUCUGCCUGCUCACGGGCUACUUCCCCUGGGACCAGCCCCUGGCCGAGGCCGACCCCUUCUACGAGGACUUCCUCAUCUGGCAGGCGUCGGGCCAGCCCCAGGACCGUCCUCAGCCCUGGUUCGGCCUGGCCCCCGCGGCCGACGCGCUUCUGUGGGGGCUGCUGGACCCUCACCCCCGAAGGAGGAGCGCUGUGAGCUCCAUCAGGGAGCACCUGGGGCGCCCUUGGAGGCAGCGGGAGGGUGAGGCUGAAGAAGUGGGAGCGGUGGAGGUGGAGGCUGGGCAGUGAGGAGGCCCCGGGGGGAUGCAGAAAGGAAAGCUGCGCCAUCGAGGCCUCCAAGGCCAACGGCUUUUGGUUUCUCCUCUGUGUGUUUUCAUCCAUGGGGCUUGGGGCUCCCCUCUGCGUCCUCCUCCUCUCUCCUCUCUGCAGGCUGUAGGCCUCCCUGGGUCCAUGGGGGCCUCAGACCUCUGCAUGUCCCUCCAUACCUGCCGCCACCUUCCCCAGGGUCUCAGACCUCCGCGUGUCUCUCGGUACCUGCCGCCGCCUUCCUCAGGGCCUCUGCACUCGCUGUUUGCUCGGGACACUUUAGGCUCAUCCCCUCACCCCUGCGUUUUCAUUUUUUUUUUGAGACAGGGUCUCGCUCUGUCUCCC